UUGCCGGAGAUCGAUCGAUCGCUCGCUCGCUCGCUCGCCGGCCGCCGACGACCGCCGCACGAGCACCGGUUCCGUCCGACGCGGGGGUGUAGGCCGGCAAGACCGCGAGAGGCGAGGGGGAAAUGGGGCUAGGGUUGCUGGCUUCGAGGGCUCUCCGGCCCGCCGCCUCGCGGCUCCUCCGGGAACCGCCGAGGCACGGGCUCGCCCGCGCGAUCGGGUCCACGCCCGAGCGGCAGAGCCCCGAGGCCUCCGCCGCCCAGGCUCAGCCCGAUCCCGCCCCGGAGCCCCCCCGGAAGCCCGUCGCCGGCGCCCGGGUCCACUUGCCGAACCCGGAGGACGCGAUCGAGGUGUUCGUGGACGGGUACCCGGUGAAGAUCCCCAAGGGCAUGACGGUCCUCCAGGCGUGCGAGGUCGCCGGGGUCGACAUCCCGAGGUUCUGUUACCACAACCGGCUGUCGAUCGCCGGGAACUGUAGGAUGUGUUUGGUUGAGGUCGAGAAGUCCCCGAAGCCGGUCGCUUCCUGCGCUAUGCCUGCGCUUCCUGGGAUGAAGAUCAAGACGGACACUCCAAUUGCUAAGAAAGCACGAGAAGGGGUGAUGGAGUUCUUAUUGAUGAACCAUCCCUUAGAUUGUCCAAUUUGUGACCAAGGUGGUGAGUGUGAUCUUCAGGAUCAAUCUAUGGCUUUUGGGUCUGAUCGAGGACGGUUCACUGAAGUGAAGAGAUCAGUGGUCGAUAAGAAUCUUGGCCCUCUAGUAAAGACUGUCAUGACUCGCUGUAUCCAGUGUACAAGAUGUGUCAGGUUUGCAACUGAGAUUGCUGGUGUUCAAGACCUUGGCGUACUGGGACGUGGUAGUGGAGAGGAAAUUGGGACUUACGUGGAAAAACUCAUGACAAGUGAACUUUCUGGAAAUGUUAUUGAUAUUUGUCCUGUUGGUGCUCUAACUUCUAAGCCGUUUGCAUUUAAGGCUCGAAAUUGGGAGUUGAAAGGAACAGAGACUAUUGAUAUUACUGAUGCUGUUGGUUCAAACAUCCGGAUUGAUAGCCGUGGUCCAGAGGUUCUGCGCAUCCUUCCACGGUUGAAUGAGGAUAUAAAUGAGGAAUGGAUAUCCGAUAAAACUCGUUUUUGUUAUGAUGGCCUUAAGAGGCAGAGGCUUAAUGACCCCAUGAUUCGUGGUGCUGAUGGGCGUUUCCAGGCUGUGAGCUGGCAUGAUGCCCUUGCCAUGGUUGGUGAGGUUAUCCAUAAAGUCGCACCAGAAGAGAUUGUUGGUGUUGCUGGCAAACUAUCUGAUGCAGAGUCUAUGAUGGCACUCAAAGAUUUCUUGAACAGAAUGGGGUCCAAUAAUGUAAUGUGUGAAGGCAAUGAAGCACCUAAUGCUGAUCUGCGAUCAGGAUAUAUUAUGAAUACUGGCAUUGCUGGUCUUGAGAAGGCAGAUGUUUUCCUUUUGGUUGGAACUCAGCCAAGAGUAGAAGCUGCUAUGGUGAAUGCAAGAAUCCGCAAGACAGUCCGUGCUACACACGCAAAGGUGGGUUAUAUUGGUCCGCCAACUGAUUUCAACUAUGAUCACGAACAUCUUGGCACAGGCCCUCAAACUCUGACUGAACUUGCUGAGGGGCGCCACCCCUUCUGCUCAACUCAAAAUGCCAAAAACCCGGCUAUUAUUGUGGGUGCUGGGCUCUUUGAGAGAGAGGAUUCAGAUGCAAUUUCUGCCAUUGAGACCAUCGCUAAGAACGGGAAUGUUGUGAGGCCUGACUGGAAUGGUUACAAUGUGUUGCUUCUACAUGCUGCUCAAGCUGCGGCCCUCGAUCUUGGACUUGUUCCACAAUCUCCUGACAGCAUCAAGUCCGCAAAAUUUGUGUAUCUGAUGGGUGCAGAUGACAUCAACUUGAAGGACAUUCCUGACGAUGCAUUUGUAGUUUAUCAGGGCCAUCAUGGAGAUCAAAGUGUAUAUCGUGCCAAUGUCAUUCUUCCAGCAUCCGCCUUCAGCGAAAAGGAAGGUACAUAUGAAAAUACUGAAGGAUGCGUUCAGCAGACUCUUCCUGCAGUUCCAACGGUUGGUGAUGCAAGAGAUGACUGGAAGAUUGUUCGUGCUUUGUCAGAGGUGGCAGGAGUUCAGUUGCCUUAUGAUAGUGUUGGAGGGAUCCGGUCCCGGAUUUGGACAGUGGCACCAAAUCUUGUGAGCGUGGAUGAGAGGGAACCCACCACAAUUUCAACUACUACAGUGAGACCCAACACAAACCAAAAGAUCAGUCCAAACGACUUUGGAACAGCAGUAGAGAAUUUCUACAUGACCGAUGCUAUAACCAGGGCAUCGAAGAUAAUGGCGCAAUGCAGUGCAAUGCUGUUGAAGAAAUAACCGGUGAGUGGAAUGAUUUUAAAUAAAGUUGCAGAAUGGCUUUCUUGUAUGUUGCCAUAUUUCGGCUGUGUAAGGGAGUUUUUUGGCAUUAGACUUAGCUUAGACACUUCCACCAUGCCAUAUGGAGUAGUGCACAUAAAUGGCAUAUUGCUCCGUACUUCGACACUUAUCUUUGAGGAUUCUUCUCUUGUGGGUUCAAGAGUAACUCGAGAAUCUAAUUAUUUGGUGUCUUCCGAGAAGGUCAUACCUUUCUUAUUUUAUCCGUUUUAAUUUUGUAAAUUUUUCAAUUUGAGACUACUUUUCGCUACUCACUUCAUCAUAUUUGAAAUAAAGCCAUCUUUCAUCUUC